AUGGCCUCUACACCUGAAUCGAUAUCAGUCCUUGGCCUUGGAAACAUGGGUGCUGCUCUUGCCUCUGUAUUCCUUGACACGGGCCACCCGGUAACCGUUUGGAAUAGAACAAUCGAAAAGGCGCAACCGCUUGUUUCAAAAGGUGCCAAGGUGGCCAAAGAUCCAGCCGAUUGUGCGCAGUCUGGCACUCUCGUGCUAAUCUGUCUGGUUUCAGAUGAAGUUGUGCGAGAUGUUUUCGACAAAAUCUCGACCCUCCUUGGCCGUACUGUUAUCAACUUUACAACGAGUCGGCCGCAAUGGGAGAUGGGGACCGCGGAUAUUGUGUCCAACAAACUCCGUGCUUCGGGGUAUUUACACGGGUGGAUCAACUCGUUUCCCUCGGAGGUAAAAGAUCAACAGGCGACCAUCACAUACAGCGGACUGAAACCCGUGUUCACACAGCAGAAACACAUUUUGCAGCUCCUUGGCAAGGCAGCGUGGCUGUCAGAUGACCACAGGAAAAUUUGCUUGCUGGAGAAUGCUGCUCUUCUCAUGUUUGCAGGAGUUUGCGCGGCAUUUUUCCAAUCCCUAGCUAUGGCUGGAGCAGCAGGUGCCGACACGUUGGAUUUCACACGACAGGUACUUCUGCCCCCGCUGCAAAUGUUUCAACAGUUUUUGCCACAAAUGGCCAAACGGGACCAAGACCAGUCCUACUCAUUCACUGGCGACUCGGUAUCUGUCGGCACAAUGCUGGGGGUGGUUUCGAAUGCGCGUGAGACGGCUGAGGUCUCUGGUGUAUCUGCCCGUUUGCUAGAGGACUUUCAUGCUCUUUUGAGGCAAGCGGAAGAGUCAGGAAAGGGGCUCGAAGAUAUUUCUGCUAUGAUUCGGAUGCUAAGAGCAGGUGUCCACCAACGCUAG